AUGGGUGGCGCUGAAGUUCCACGCUGGCAGGAUGCCAGGCGUCGCAGGGAGAUGCCUUGCACCACCACCGCCUCCUGGUAUCUCCCGAAGGUGUCUCUUACACCCGCCUUCUUGAGAUAUAAAACCGUGGCAGGAGAGGCAGUUCUAUCCAGCACAGCUGAUCCCUUCGAGCAGGUAAGCAGGACUUCUCUCCUUUGUGACUCCUCCGGGGCUCCCAUCCCAAAACAGAAGGGGUGCAAGGGGUGUUUGCUGUUUGGGAUUGUAGUGGCAAUGGGCUUUUCCCUUCUUCCGGACUCCCACCCCUUCCCUGUGAACUCCAAUCCUUUUCUCGCUCAGCGGUGUGCCUCGUCUCUCAGGACAUGUUCAGGCAGAGCUCAACAAUUUGCCUUCCCAAACAUGCUCAGACUAGGGUGGGGGAGUGGGGAAAUAAAAGAGGCAGGAUCUGAUGGAAAGCUAAAAGUCUCCGUUCUUCCCUUCUGUUGGCCGCACGUAGGAAAAACAGCCGUUUGUUGGAUUUCUAAGAGCCUCUUUGCGGGAACUACCCAGCGGAUCUCAAGGAACCAACUCGCCACAACUUGCUCCGGAAAAGGGGAUUUUUGCCGAACCGAACGAACCGAACCGAAUCAACAAUGGGCUUUGGUUGCUGCAAGAAGAGAAAGGUCAAUUGGAGUGGGGAAAUGGGACUGUCUUUCGGUUUUCUGGGGAAGGGAGAGGAGAAAUUGUGGAUUCAUUCUGUGUUGGAAGGGGGGAUGCGCGUAGGGUUUUUGGGGUGUGUGGAAAGGAUGCCCUCUCGGAACAUCUGUGGAUCUUAAACUCAGCAAAGCUUCUGGGAAAAACAGAGAAACCAGGUCAUAGGGAGCCAGAUUGGGUUGGCUAAAAUACAGGAGUCAGUUUCCUCCAUUAAUAUUCCAGGGAUCAUAGGAAGCUGUCAUACGCUGUGUCAAACCAUUGCUCCAUCUACUUCAAUGUGGCCUGCACUGACUGGCAGCAGCUCUCCUGCAUACGGAGUGUGUACUUUGUAACCUGGCUACAUAUCUUGCCCAUAGCUGUCAAGUGUCCCUUAUUUGGCGGGAUAGUCCCUUAACCCAGCGCCAUGUCCCGCUGCUGUCCCUUAUUGAUGAGGCUUCAUUUGGCUGCAGGCUGGGCUUUCUUCCUUUGGCUCAGAGGGGCUCAGAAGUUGAACAUACCUGUGCCCGGGAAAUCCCUUAUUUUGGCUGCUGAUCCCUUAUUUUCAAGGCUGCUGAUCCCUUAUUUUCAAAUCUGUAAGUUGACAGCUAUGAUCUUGCCCCAUAGCUAAUGUCCUCAUGAUUCUGGAGAAAGGGUUGAUGUGGUUAGGAACACUCUGCCACUGAGACCCAGUCCUUCCCCAGGAGAGAGGGAGAGAUCCUCUUGCGCAACCAACUCCCUCUAAGGAAAUUUCGGGAUCUCCUCGGCCAAACCAGCUCUUUCUAGUUGUGUGAGACACUGACUUUCUGGGGCCUAGAAUAGACUUGUCUACCACCUUGGCAAAGUUCUCAUCUCCUCUGGAAUGGUCCUCCUCAUGGGACACGUUGAAAUGUUUUAAGGAAAAAUGUCCUAAUGAGAGGGGUUUGGUAGGUGGGGUGGGGGAGAAUAUCUUGGCAAUAUUUUUAUUAGAAGCGGAGAUGGUUGCCAAGUCUAGUGCUGAGUCAGAGUUCAUUGUCCUCGCCUAGGAUGCUGUUGGCUAGAAAUGAGGAGAGAAGGUGGAAAAUUUCAUAGAAACAUAGAGUUGGAAGGAACCCUGGGGUCAUCUAGUCCAACCCCCUGAAAUGCAGGAGUCUUUUGCCCAACGUGGGGCUCGUACCCACGAUCCUGACAUAAAGAGUCUCGUGCUCUGCCAACUGAGCAUGGGCCAUGGUUUGUGAAAGGGGAAAUCAGAUGGCAAAAUUUGCAGACAGGGAAUGCGUAAUCCAGCUUUCUCCCAAGCUGGUGCCCUCCGGGUGUUGCUGGACUACAACUCCCAUCAUUAUCUCGGACCACUGGGCCAUCCUGGCUGGGACUGAUGGAGGUUGUAGUCCAACAAACAACCGGAGGUCAACAGGCUCCCCAUUCUGCUCUAUACCUCUGCAAGUGCGUUUAAUAUGUGGUCCCUGAUUGGUUGGGACAUGUGUAUACAGCAGGAGUGGGAAGACCUGUGGCUCUCCAAAUAUUACUGGGCUACAGUUCCUAUCACCCCUGCCUGUUGGCCAUGUUGGCUGGGUGUGAUGAGAGUUGGGACCCAACAACAUUUGGAGAAUCACAGGUUCCCUGUCCCUGAACUAAAUCGUCAUUUGCCUUCCUUCUAAUGCAGGGAAGGGGAAUCCCUCCAGAGGUUGUUGGACUGCAACUCCCAUUAUCCCUGGUCUUGACCAGUACUGACUGGGGCUGAUAGUCCAACAACCUAGGGGCUCCUCAUCCCUGCUCUAGACCUCUGUAAGUGCAUUUGAUAUGUCAUCCCUGAUUGGCUGGGACAUUUGUCUAGGAAAGGGGCAGGCGGGCAGGCUUGUGGCCCUCCAAAUGUUGCUGGACUACAACUCCCAUCAGCCCUGACCGUUGUCCCAUUUGGCUGGGGCUGAUGGAAAUUGCAGUCCACAAACAUCCGGAGGUCACCAGACUGGGGAAGAUUGGUGCAAACCCCGUAUGUGCGUGUGCAUGAAGGUGAAAUUGCAGCAGAAGACGCAGAUUAGAAAAGCAACCAAGGAGGUUCAGAUCACCUCCUAUCCCAGCAGCCCUGAAUACGAAUAGCACAUUGGGUCCAGAAUGACAUGUCAGCAGCCUCCACAAGUGACUUCUGUCGUGGAGACCAGAUCCCUCAGCUGAUUUUAAAUAUAUAUUCUGGAUCAACUAGCUUUGCGGUCGGAGAAAGACGUUCAUCCAGGGAAACGCCCGAAUGCUCUGGCUUCUCUUGACGUUCAAACAGGUUUUCCCUGCUGAUUUUAAAACUAUAUAUAUUUUAAAAAAACAUUCAGUAAGCUCUCGACAGAAUGCAGCACGGUGUAGAAGGAAGAUUUCAUAUGGAUUUUCAGGAUUCAAAACGGGAUUUCCUUUCAUUUCAUUAAAAAAGAUGCUGGCGCAGCACAGUCCUAUACAGGUCUACUCGGAAGUUGCUUCCAAUGACUUCAGUGGGACUCAGUCCCCAAGUAAGGGUGGCAGUCGCAGGAAGCAAGAACCUUUUGUUAUUUAUGGGCUGUUGUCCUGCGCACACUUACUCAAGAGUAAGACCUAUUGGACUGGGAAUGCUCCUUGCCUGAAACCACUGGUGGUCAGCGCAGGCAAUAUCAGACAAGAUCAGUGUUUCCCAAACUUGGGUCUCCAACUUGGACUACAGUCCCCAUCAUCCCUGAUGGCUGGUCCUGCUAGCUAGGGACGAUGGGAGUUGUAGUCCAAAAACAGUUUGGAGAACACUGAUCUAGAUGGACCGUGAGGUCUGACUCAAUACAGAACAGGCUCCCUCCAUUCCUGUCUUAAUCAGGGCCUUCUUCCAAACAAUGAGGACUAGGGCCUUACUUUAUUUAUAGGGCAAAAUAGCAGCACAUCUGCUUUCCAUGCCAGAGGUCUGGGGUUCAGUCCCUGGCACCCCCAGUUAAAAGUAUAUCCGACAGCAGGGGAGGGCGAUAGCUCAAGGGUAGAGAGUCUGCUUUGAAUGCCGAAGGUCGCAGGUUCGAUUCCCGGCAACUCCAGGUAGGGCUGGGAGAGGCCCCUGUCUGCAAUCCUAGAGAGCAGCAGCUGCCAGUCCGUGUAAACAACACUGAGCUACAUGGACCAGGGGUCUGACUCAGUACAAGGCAACUUCCUGCGUAAUAAGUAGGAAAGGCAAGGGGUGGGAAUGUUAAGGUGAGAGGCCACAAACUCUCUCUCAGGCUGGGUCUUGGUGGGCCUGGUGGUAUGGUCUCUUAUGGCUGAAAACUGAGGGUCAGGAUAUGUCCCUAGACACCAUGGUGCAAAAAGAGGCCCUGGGUCUUUCCCACUCCAUUGUUAAUCCUGUUUGUAGCACACAUGAUCAGAUGGAUCAGUUGGCUUUGGAGAUUUUUUUGUGCAUCAAAUAAUCGUGGCUGUCAGGAUGGGCAAAUCAUUUCCGUUUCUCUCUGUUCCUCAUUUUCCCAGUCUGAAAUUCAGCUCUCUGCAUUUCCAGAUCAGCUUGCAGGGUUUUAACUUUUUUUAAAGUCCUCACAAAAAUUCGUCAGCACCUCAGUGCGAAUUUCUCUUACUAUACAAUGGUUUUUGAAUGCAAUUUCGCUGCGACCGACACAUUUCUGCAAAGUCUCCAAUAUGAGACUUUUCUGCACACGAUUUUUACCAAUACCUGUGUUUUUGUACACCUUUACUUGGCCAGAAAAAUGUGUUGCAAAAUUCAGAAUAGUGCGAAAUUAGGAGGAUGGCUGUCUUUCAUGCUUGUAUUUUGUUUCGUAAUGCAUCAGUUUGAUCAAUUUGCCUUUAAAUGUGAACAGAAUCAGAUUUCUCAUCCAUCCUUUGAGGCUAUAGAACGCCCACCUGACGCGCAUCUGACACCCACAGUAUCAUAUCAGAGUGCUGAUACCCCUCCAGAUGUCAUUGGACUGCAAUUCCCAUCAUCCAUUGCCAUUAGCCUUGCUGGCUGGGGCUUAUGGGAACUGGAGUGCGACUUUGGGGGAAGUACCCUUUGAGAAUCUCAGUCCUCAACACUGACUCUCCAUGCCCUUUUGACUUAUUCUGCUUUAAACAGUCAUGUCCCUCCUCCCAAUGAAUUCUGGGAACUGUAGUUUGUGAAAUAGGAUGACAGUUGUUAGGAGAACUACAAUUCCCAGAGUUCCUUGGGAAGAGGGAUUGAUUGUUAAGCCACUCCUGGAAUUGUUGCUCUGAGGGGGGAAUAGGGGGUUGCCCUAACUACUCUCAGCAGCACCCUUAACAAACUAGAACUCCCAGGAUUCGUUUUGGGGGAAGCCAUGACUGUAUAAAUUGGGAUCAUGGUGCUUUAAAUGUAUGGUGCAGCUGUGGUAAAAAAACAACAACAACCAGGUCUUAAAAUGAUUUGGAAUAUGUCCAGUGGUUGAAGAUAGACUCUGGAUAUCUCCUAAAGUUUUAGAAGAUUCGGGAUGGAUUUGACUUCAGUUUUCAUUCAUUCUAAUGCAGGCAGAAUGUGAGUCAGGAAAUGAAUGAGUUUCAACACAGGAUACGGUAAACAAGGAUAUGAUUCGUUCUGGACUGAUAUGUUUGUGGACAAGGGACACAUCUUAUCUAGUCUAGCACAGAAGAGGAUGGGUGUUGUGGUUUCCUCUGUAAUGGAGCUGGGCUGUUUGGUGCAAAUGGAAUGGAUAAUCAUCUCCAGAUUGCUCACCAGAGAUGGUAUGCAAUCUUGGGAGUCUUAAUGGAGUUUCGGGGAGGGUGUAACUGCGUAGGAGGGAGUCGGGCCGGUCUGACUGCCUUCUUUUGAGAUCACAGACUUGUGCUGAUGCUUUGCGUCUCGCAAUAACUCCACCCCUUGUCUUUCUCCUUCCCCAGAACUCUCAAGAGCUCACUGAUGUGGAAAGGGCCAUCGAAAUCGUCAUCAACAACUUCCACUGCUACGCCGUCAAGGGCCGUAAAGAGUGCAUCACCCCCAACGAGCUGAGGGACCUGGUGGGACAGAGGUUGCCACAUUUAGCAGAGGUGAAGAGAAUCUAGACCUAGAAUCUAAGACAGGCGUCCGCCGGAGGGUGGCAGAGUUUUUUUGGGGGGGUGUUUCUGCGUUAUGUCGGGGAACAAUUCCAAACCAAAGGGAUGCAAUUCCUCUCUUCAGCCUAGAUCAGCUUCCCUCAACCUGGGGCCUGACACGUGUCGUAGGGACUACAACUUCCACCAGCCCCUUCAGCUACAAUGGCCAAUGGCCAGGGAUGAUGGGAGAUGUAGUCCAACAAUGUUCUUGGACGCCAGCUUCCAUUAGACCUGGACAGCAUGGCCAAUUGUCAGGGGUGAUGAGCGUUCAACAAUGCCUGCAGGGCCUCAGUUUGGAGUGGGGGGAGCAGAGGCCUAGAUCCUUGUUGUGAGACACUCAGCUGUGGAAGUAAUGGUAGGUCAAUGUGUCCACAUUCCUCCAACGUUGCUUUGAUUGCAGCCUUGUUUCUCUUGUUCCAUACAAGUUGGGAAGGAGGAAUCUGUGCUCUUCCAUGUUAUUGGACUUCAGUUCCCACAGAACCUGGCUGUUGGCCUUGCUGGCUGGGGCUGAUGGGAGUUAGAAGCUAAUAAUAAUAAUAAUAAUAAUAAUAAUAAUAAUAAUAAUAAUAUUACCCAUCUGGCUGGGUUGCCCCAUUCCAACAAUGUAUGGAAGACUUGCUGCAGAUUCCCCAUCCCUGACACAAACGAAUGGAACAGAAACAUUCAUUGAAUGGAGCAGGGAAAGGGAGAAGUGCAGUUUUUCCAAGGAGCAGCAGAAAGGAGAAAGGACCCCCCCCUCCAAAAAAUAAAGGGGUACCGUAUUUUUCGCUCUAUAAGAUGCACCAGACCACAAGACGCACCUAGUUUUUGGAGGAGGAAAACAGGGGAAAAAAUAUUCUGAAUCUCAGAAGCCAGAACAGCAAGAGAGAUCACUACGCAGUGAAAGCAGCGAUGUCUCUUGCUGUUCUGGCUUCUGGGAUAGCUGCGCAGCCUGCAUUCGCUCCAUAAGACGCACACAGAUCCCCCCUUACUUUUUAGGAGGGAAAAAGUGAGUCUUAUAGAGCAAAAAAUACGGUAUUUAUCACUUGACUAAAAAUGAAAAAAGCAAUGGAAGUGGUAGAUUUCUAAUGCAGGGCUAGGAAACCUCAGGUUCAGCCCUCCAGGCAUCUCUAAGCCUUGCCCCUUCUCUCCAGGCCAUGCCCUCUUCUUGCCCCUGCUUGGCAUCCUCCCUGAGUGUUUUUGCCUGGCUGGAAUAUGUCCUUGAAUUCUGACCAUGCCUCUUAGCUUGCCAGGAUACGGGGGGGGGGGGUGAGUACGGGCACAGAAACUGCCCUCCUGCGUGAAGGUGAAAUUAUUGACCUUUGCUGCCCCACCCACUUUUCGCUCUGGGACCCUCUAGUCCAACCCCCCAAGUCUGGAAAAGAAUCCGCAAACUGUAAAUCCAAGCUCUGGUUUCCCUGCUGGGUUUUGACAGCUUCUUUCUUUUCUUCAAACAGAGCGUUGGCACUUUGGACGAUAAGAUUGAAUGCCAUGGCGACGGCGACGAGGCCAAACUGCAAUUCGGCGAGUACUGGAGCGUUAUGGGAGACGCAGCAAAGGGGUGCCGAGUCACAAAGAGUAAGAAGUAA